GGCUUGGAUUUGAGGGCUUCGCUCCCAGAGUGGGUUGUUUUUACCUCAACGCCAUUAAUGUAGAUAUAUUUAGUCUUUUAGAAAUUACGUCUGGCAUCAUUUACUUAUCACUCCACUACAUUGCUUAACAGACUGACAGAUCAAUCGAGAUUCCAAUCAACGUGAACCUACAAUACAUCAUGGCGAAGCUUGAGAUUCCUAUCAUUGACUUCUCAGGAUUCUAUUCUGAAGACCCAGCGGAGAAGAAAAAGGUUGUAGACCAGGUUCGUGAGAGCUGUUUGUACAAUGGAUUUUUCCAGAUCCUGGGUCAUUCCGUCCCUGUCGACAAGCAAACCAAAGCCCUGCAGUGCGCCAAAAAGCUCUUCAACCUUCCUUUGGAGGAGAAGGAAAAGGUCUCCAAAAAUAACAACACCUGGAACCGUGGCUAUGAGAUGUUGAGGUCACAGAUCCUUGAGGAAGGCACUCAGCCAGAACUCAAAGAGGGUUUCUACAUCGGCGAUGAAAUUCCCAAGUCUCACCCCUAUUUCGUCAAUAAGAAACUCAACAGUGGCCCCAACCAGUGGCCUGAAGCCUUGGGAGACGACUUGGAGGACUUCAAGUACCAGACAAUGGAUUACUAUAGGUCAACACUCAGCCUUGCCUCUGAUCUUAUGCGAGUGCUAGCACUCUCACUUGAUCUCAAGGAAGACUACUUCAGUACUUUCCUGGAUGGCGCUGUUGCUACCAUGAGGCUCCUCCACUAUCCUUCUCAACCUAAGGAUGCUGACGAGAAGCUUACUCGAGGAAUCGGAGCUCAUACCGAUUUCGGCGCCAUCACAAUGCUUCUUCAGGAUGAUGUCGAUGGGCUACAAGUUUGGGAUCAAAAGAACAACACCUGGAUUGAUGUCCAACCAACCAAGGGAGCUUUUGUCGUCAACCUAGGCAACCUGAUGGCUCGAUGGACAAACGAGAAGUACAAGAGCAACGUCCAUCGAGUCAUCAACAAGACUGGCAAAGAGAGAUACUCUAUCCCUGUCUUUGUAUCUGGUAAUCCCGACUACGUUGUCGACUGUAUCCCGACUUGCAAAGCACCCGGUGAGGAGGCCAAGUUCAAACCAGCGACUGUUGAGGAGGUCGUCUCCGCGUCUUAUGCUGAGUCCUACGGAAGGGCUCAGUUGUACAAGCAGGGCUUGGAGAAGAAAGCCGAGAGCAAGGUGGAAAGUACGCCUCUUCAGCAGGUUGCAGCUUGAUGUAUUAUUGUAUCAUUACUAUAUAUAUGUUGUUCUAUGUCUUGACUGUUGAAUGGUUCUUUUGGUCGACCUAGUCUAGUAAUAGAUUGUGGUAUGUUGAAGAUAAUAAAUUAUAGGCUAAGAUGCUCUUAGUCAAUCCUGCUUGAUCGACCUGAGCCAUCGGUUUAAUAUUUGGC